GUCACUUUUUGGCACUCCUAAACUUAUUGUUGCGGAUCGUGGCCGCAUGUUCCAAAGUGCAGAGUUCACUAACUGGGUUUCUGAGUUGGGGAGUCAAAUCCAUUUGAUAACCCCUGAAAUGCAUCAGUCGAAUGGUCAGGUCGAACGAUAUUGUCGAACCCUGCUAAAUAUGAUCAGGGUUGAGAGUAACUAUCGUCAGGAAGAGUGGUCAUCUGUCAUGUGGAAGUUGCAACUGGUUAUUAAUAUGACGAAGCACAAGACUACUCAGAUGUCACCCCUUAAUCUGUUAGUUGGAAUCGACGCCAUGACACCCGUUAUCCGCAACGUCGUGCGGGAUGUUGCCAUUGAAGGGAGUCAUCAAAAUAGGGAAAGUCUACGAGAGAUGGCGAGACAGCGAGUGUCUGAACGUCUACAGCGAAACCGAGAUUUACAAGAUGCUUCGGUUAAUAAAAAUAGGCGCGAGCCUCGUAUGUUCGAAGUGAACUCUAUGGUUUUUGUUAUUAAGAAGGCACAAUCCACAGGAAAGCUGGACUCUGGAAUGCGGGGCCCAUAUCGCGUAGUCAAGGCACUGCCUCAUGGGCGGUACGAGCUGCGGCUGCUUGCAGGCUCCUACGGGAAGACCACCCAAGCUGCGGCCGAGUAUAUGGUUCCUUGGAAGGGCGAAUGGACUCCGGACACAUGUGCUGCCUUUUUCGAGGGUGAGCUACUACCUAUAUUGUUGAUAAGUGAGCAGACCUCACUUUGCAAGCAGACCUUGCAUGCUUGUAACUUUAUGUAGUGAGCAGACCUCACUUUGCAAGCAGACCUUGCAUUCUUGUAACUUUAUGUGGUGAGCAGACCUCACUUUGCAAGCAGACCUUGCACGAUUGUAACUUUAUAUGCAGUGAGCAGACCUCGCUUUACAGGCAAACCUUGCUUCUUUGUCCUUUUAUUUAAUGAUCAAAUCUUGUGUUGUGCAAGCAGACCUUACACGAUACAUGUCCCGUUAUCAUGAGCAUCCCACUUUGUUUAUUUUGACAAGUGUGUUUUUUUAUUACGCAGAUGCAGACAAUGAUGAACCGGAGUCUGUCGCCGCGGGUCCAAUGCCUUCUGGGUCCACGACAUUGGAUGAUGGACUCGUUACACCCAUGCCGACCGAAAAGGAUACUUCCGGUCCCGCUACGACAGGUCAAGAUUCAUCUACCAUGGGAGAUUAAGGAGAAGAGACCGAGACGUUCUCGCGUCAGGAAAGGCCGUAUUAGAGAGAAGCCUUACCCGGUGGCGCUAAUUUUUCCAAAACCAGCUUUGAACAAAGUUGUUUCGCGCUAAACCCGCUGAACCAAUAGAUGGCGCUCAAAUACCUACCGAUUUGCUGCAACUUCAGCUCGCAACAACUUCACGCAAAUAAAUGGCGCCAUAUUGCUUCCCUCUGGUUUGACCCACUUUUGGCUCGACACUGGUGCGGUGCGGUUGUCUCGAAAUUCGCGAUAAUUAUUGUUCACGCUCUAUUUAGGUUGUAAUUAACUUUAAAAGUAUUGAUUUGUGCGUUUUCAUCAAUAAAUUGGAAUUACUUUUGUAGACUAUGUGUUUUUCCUUAUAAAAUCUUAUC